AUGAUGAGGUGUAUGGCGACUGGUCAUACGCUGUCAUGGGGUGUGCUGGGAGGCACACCGUUCAAGCGCAUGAGAGUGGACAAAUCUGGCCUAGACGCAGGCUCUUGUUCUGAUCUUCUUGCCCUCCUGAAAGAAUUCCACGCACCUGGAUUCUUACAUGCAAUCCUCGGGAUGCGCGUGCAAUUCCGGCGUGGAUUACACGUUUUCUUUCCCUUCCGCGUGUCUCUGUUCCUUUCCUCGAGUUUACUUCUUAUCUCCCUCACGUCCUCGUCAUUCUACGCUGCCACUCAGGAUGAAGCGCGGCGGCCUGCACAAUAA